AAAUAUGCUUUUUGACACAUCCCAAUUCUGUUCUUUUUCUGGAAAAAAGAAUGACGGUGGUCGGUGGACUAAAAAAUAAUUUUCCGACUUGUGACACUUGUCGAUAAAAAUAUUUAUUUCAGACAGAAGUGCACUGACUGUGAGACGGAGUGUGAGUGCAAUAACGGGAGUUUUCAUUUGACGCAUACGGCAUGCAAAGAACGCUCCGUAGCUUCACCAGAACAGCGUGCCAUCCCGUAUCCAGGGCCCGGCCCCAUCUAGCACUAUUGGCAACCGCCCUGGGUCGCAAUGGUUCAACCGGUUGAUAUUCAUAAAGAACUUAAAUACGAAGUCAGCUUUGCUACAGCUGGCCGAAAACCAUUCUGCUUUGCUCCGGUGUAAGCAGUUUUUAGCAUUUGGAAAGUGCUCCUUCGGAAGUCAAAAUCAUUUUAUCGCAGUCGUUCAUCGAUCCUCCGCGCAGAUUAUUCGUCGGAGUUUUGCAUCAGCUGGCAAAAUGACGGAAGAGAAGUUUGCCAAGGCGGGCAUCGUCCCCGACGUGAUUUCUACGGCCCCUGUCGGAGUGAUUGAUGUGAAAUACCCAUCAGGAGCGAAGAUGGAGCUGGGCAACGAACUGAAGCCACGACAGGUGAAAGACCAACCGGAAGUGCACUGGAAAGCGAACGAUAAGGAUCUGUACACGCUGUGCAUGACAGAUCCGGAUGCCCCCAGCCGCAGUGAUCCCAAAUUUCGCGAGUGGCAUCACUGGUUGGUGGUGAACAUUCCGGGUUGUAACAUUAAGGAAGGACAGGUUAUGUCGGAGUAUGUCGGCAGUGGACCACCUGAGAAAACGGGAAAGCAUCGUUAUGUUAUGCUGGCAUACAAGCAGCCCGGCAAAAUUUCCCCAUCCGAGAAACAUUUAACGAAUCGAUCCGGUGACGGGCGCGGGAAAUUCAAGAUCGCCAGUUUUGCUGAGAAGUAUAAACUGGGUGAUCCGGUGGCCGGCAAUUUCUACGAAGCCGAAUGGGAUGAUUACGUUCCGGAAUUGUACAAACAACUCGGUGCUUAAGGAUUGCGGCUGCCUGGGCCGAACUCAAUGUUUUGAUGGCAGUUGUUUGGUUUUUUCCGUACUUCACAAUUCUUUCAAUAUCGCGUUGCGAAAACUAGUGGCACAUUUGGCAUGGGGUUCGUUCACGCUUGGCAAUGAGUACCUCGGAGUUACGUUAUUAGCGUUGCAGUUUAACUAAACAUUAAACUACGUAUUUUAGCGUUGCUGGUGCGAAACUUGUGUUUUGACAUCUGUUUUAUUUUGUUGAUUAAUAAAAAAUUGGUCGCAAC